AUGGCGAAACAGCAGCACCAGCAGGCUGUUUGCAUGGUGUUUCUGAUGGCCUUUAUCGUCCUCUCUGCCAUGCACGCUGUCCCCGUGGAGGCAGGGCGAGCGCUACGUGAGGCAUCCUCUAUUCCAAAAUUUGACCCCCUGGACCCAAACAGUGUGCCUUCUGUGCCUGCUGGCGAGCCAUACACUCGCCCAGGAUGCACGAACGUCUACAAUUGCCAUGGAGCACCAUAA